AUGUGAUGGAAAUGAACUUCAAACAAUGGAUAGUUGAUUAUGUGAACCAGUCACUACUACAGUUGACACCUUGUGAUGUUGAAAGCAAGCGUUAUGAGAGGACGUCAUUUGCAGAAUGUCUUGGGGAAAUGAAUGUGAAUUGGCAUCAUUUGCAAGGGACUCUGAAUGGAAAGAUAAAGGAGUUGGAGCACAUUUUGGAAUCUGUUGUUGAAAAUGAAAAUAAAGCACAGUCCUUGGGCAGCUGGCUAGAAGCACAAAGCAGAAGGCUAAAACGUAUGAAGAACCCAAGAAGUUCUAUUCUUGCACAGGACACAGUAAAAGACUGCAAGAUGUUAGAAAAUCAGCUUACUGUUAAGUCUAAGGACGUGGAUCAACUGAAAAACAACCACACAACUUUAGAGGAUUGUGCUGAUUCUGCCAAGAAAGUAGUGUUCACAACCAACGAUUUGGAUGAAAUGAGAACCAGCGUUAUCAAUCAGGUUGCACAGCUGAAGUCUUCUACACAGUCCAUUUUAGAGUGCUGGAAGAGUUAUGAUGAAGCUUGGGAUGAAAUCAGACUGAUGCUUGCAAAUGCUUUGUACUGCCUGGAGCAUAGCAAGAGUCCUGUCAUUACAGUGAAGACACUGAAAAAGCAAGUGGAAGAUCUCCAGUCUCUUCAAGAUAAAGCUGAGGGUAACAGAGAAAUCUGGGCUAGACUCCAGACUGCUGCUGGUAACCUGAAGAAGCUGUGUGAUCCCUCAUUCUCAGAGAUUAUUGAACAAAAACACAAAGAGGCACGUACAAGGUGGAUAUUGCUAAACAAAAAUAUUGAAGAGAAACUACAGAAAGCUCACACUCAUUUGCACCUGUGGGAAUCCUAUACUAGUUUAUACAAUGAGGUUUCAGCAAAACUAGACAAAUAUGAAGAGCAGUGUGAUUCCCAAUUGAUGUCUGAUAACGUUUCAAGCUACACAAUGGAUUUUCUUAAGCAGAAGGCACAGGAUGUAAAAAAACUGCAACUUGGCCUUCAAGACAUCAAAGAAUAUUUUCUUCAGGCUUCUGAAUCAGAAGAUAAAAUAGCUCAGUUGGCUGAACUGGGAACACAGCCCCUUCUUCAGGAGAAGCUCCAGCCACUUCAAAGGAUCUCCUGUUUGGAAAAGAUGCUACAGAUGAAAGCAGAUGUUUUUCAGUAUGGUCUUUUACAACUGGAGAAUUUUGGGAAUUCCUUGGAAAAACUGGAAAAUCAAGUAAAAGAAUCCACAGAAAUACUGGACAAUUCAUGUGAAAUCAAUAAAGACUUGGAUCUACUCAUGAGCCAGUUAUUGAGUCUCACAUCUUUGUCUCCUGAGAUGGAGAGAUUGAAUGAAGUUAGCUUUAAAUUGCCACUCUGUGACUUCACUGUAAAGAGAUUACAGAACCUUAAUCGGCAGUGGACUCAGAAAACUACUAUGGUUCUGGAGCAAUGCAGUGAACUGCAGAAUCAGCAAUCAGAUGACAAAAAGUUUCUUCAGCAAUGCCAGAAUUGGGUGCAGUUUCUGGAGAAAAUGAAAGAGACCCUGAAAGAGAACAUGGCGGGUACACUUGAAAAGCUGCAAGAACAGCAGAAAGAAUAUGAGAUAUUACAAGCAGAGAUUUCCAUUAAUCAGCAAAUUUUCAGUUCUAUUGUGUCCAAAGCUCUGCAUAUGUUGGAAUCAGGAGAAGCAGAAAACAGGACUGAGUUUAUCUCCAGGCUCACUCUGCUGAAGGAGCAGUGGCAGAGUGUAGUGCGGAUGGCUCAUCGGAAGAAGAGUGACAUUGACAGCCUUGUAAAGCAGUGGCAAAAAUUCACAAUCUUACUGCAAGAUCUCACAAAAUUCCUCAUGGAUACAAACAGCUACAUAGCUGCCAUGAAGAGCCCGGACAAGUACGGCUUGCAUCAAAUUAGGAACCUGGAUCACAAGUUCAAGACUAAAGAAAUACUUCAAAAGAGGUGGCAAACCAGAUAUUCUUUAAUCUUGGAUACUGGGGAAAAGUUACUUGGCAUGGUAGCCCCUGAAGCAAAGGCUGCCAUUCAGCUGGAGAUGAGCCAGUUGCAAGAUAAUUGGGACAACACACAACUUCAGCUGGAGAAGAUUACCAGGCAGUUUCAGGGCACUAUACAGACCUGGGAGAGCUGUGAAAGGCAAGUCAAGGACCUGGGCCACACUUUACUAGAACUCAAAGGAAGAAUAAACGAACCUCUCCCUGUAGAACAUGAUGCAUUGCAGGCAGCCAUGGAACAUGUUAAGGCGUUGGAGAAGUCCCUCACCAACUGGAGCCAAAAUGCAAAAGAACUUGAUGCCAAAAAGGUGGAACUGGCUCACUUUAUCCUUGCAGAAGAUGUGAUGGUGCUGAAAGAGCAAGUUGAACAGUUGCACAGCCAGUGGGAAGAACUCUGUCUCCGAGUUUCUCUUCGCAAGCAGGACAUAGAGGACCAACUCAAUGCCUGGAUUGUGUUCAAUGAAAAAAAUAAAAAGCUCUGUGCAUGGCUGGUGCAGAUGGAAGGAAAAGUACUUCAGUCAGCAGAUAUCAGUAUUGAAGACAUGCUAGAGAAGUUGCAAAAGGAUUGCAUGGAGGAAAUCAAUCUGUUUAAUGAAAGCCAGUUAGUUCACUUCAAGCAAAUGGGUGAUCAGCUGAUCAAGUCUAGCAGCAAAAGCAGAGGAGUUGAAAUUGAAGAGAAACUCAACAAAAUUAACGACCGCUGGCAGCACCUCUUUGAUGUCAUUGGAGGACGAGUGAAGAAGUUGAAGGAGACCUUUGCUUUCAUACAACAGCUGGACAAAAACAUGAGUCAUCUUCACACCUGGCUGGCACGCAUUGAAUCUGAGCUUUCUAAACCUAUUGUUUAUGACAUCUGUGAUGAUCAAGAAAUACAGAGGAGACUUGCAGAGCAGCAGGACCUGCAACGAGACAUUGAACAGCACACAGCGGGUGUGGAAUCAGUCUUCAAUAUAUGUGAGGUCUUGCUGCAUGAUUCUGAUGCCUGUGCCAACGAGACUGAAUGUGAUUCAAUCCAGCAGACAACAAGGAGUUUGGAACGGCGGUGGAGAAACAUCUGUGCCAUGUCUAUGGAGAGGCGAAUGAAGAUUGAGGGGACUUGGCGACUGUGGCAAAAGUUUUUGGAAGAUUACUCUCGUUUUGAAGUUUGGUUGAAAACAGCAGAGAGAACUGCAGCUUAUCCCAAUUCCUCAGAGAUUUUGUAUGUAAAUGCCAAGGAAGAGUUGAAGAAGUUUGAAGCAUUUCAGAGGCAAAUUCAUGAGCGACUGACCCAGCUGGAACUGAUCAAUAAGCAAUAUCGACGGUUGGCCCGUGAGAAUCGCACUGAUUCGGCUAACAAACUCAAGCAGAUGGUUUAUGAGGGUAAUCACCAGUGGGACAAUCUCCAGAAACGUGUCACAGCAAUUCUCAGGAGACUUAAGCACUUUACCAAUCAAUGGGAAGAGUUUAUGGGAACAAAGGAUAACAUGCUGGUGUGGUUAACAGAAAUGGACUUGCAGCUGACAAAUGUGGAACAUUUCUCAAAGAGUGACUUUGAUGACAAAAUGCGGCAGCUAAAUGGUUUCCAGAGGGAAAUAAUGCUGAAUACCAAUAAGAUCGAUCAGCUGAUUGAGUCUGGGGAAUAUCUGAUUCAAAAAAGUGAACCAGAGGAUGCCAUUAUACUUGAAGAGGAACUAGAAGAAUUUCGCAGUUAUUGCCAGGAAGUGUUUGGCCGCGUAGCCCGAUUCCACCACAGACUGACAUCCUGGCACCCAGGGCUGGAAGAUGAAAAAGAGACUUCAGAAAAUGAAGCUGAUUCAGACCAUGCAAGGGGGAUGCGCAAUGAUCCCUGGCCAAAGAAGACAGUUCAGGAGGUGCCACCAUCCCAGCAGUCUCUCUGUCACCUCAUGCCCACUGCAGUGGGUCACGAGAGGUCCGGCUGUGAGACACCCGUCAGUGUUGAUUCCAUUCCACUAGAGUGGGACCACACCGGAGAUGUGGGAGGCUCUUCCUCUCCUGAGGAUGAGGAAGAGGAAUCGUACUUCAGUGCACUCUCAGAUGUAGAAAUCACUGAACAUCCUGAGGCAUAUCUUAAAAUGACCACAAAAGCUUUGAAAGCGGCUUCUGGGAAAUCUGCUGAAACUCACAUAUGGCAUCCUUCAGAACACACAGCUUGCCGAAAGCAUUUAUACAACCAGGAAGAGAUGGUUAGAAGUGUCUUCUCAAACAGCGAAGAAUCCAGUGCACCCUACAAACCAGGCAGUGUGAAGCCACUGAGCAGUAGGAGUAUGGAUGACAUGAAAGACAUUUCCAGGAUCUUGCCUAGCAAAGAUUCCCAAGAUAGCCAGAACUUUGCUGGUAUUUCAGCCAUAGAGAAACAGCCAGGAAGUAUUGAGAGAUGGGAACUCAUUCAAGUUCAAGACCUAAGCAACAAGCUGAGAAUGAAGCAAACGUGGCAGCAGUGGCAACAGCUGAACUCUGACCUCACCAAUAUUGAUAUUUGGCUGGAUAAAAUGGAAGAGGAAAUGGAGGGAUUGCAGGAGGCAGAACCACAACCAGUCAGCAGUAUUCAGGCCAUAGAGCAGAGAGUCAAGAAGCUGAAGGAUAUGUUUAAAGCCUAUAAUAAUUACAAGGCCCUUGUGCUGUCUGUUAAUCUGACCAGCAAAGAUUUCAAGCAAGCAGACAGCACUGGAUGCAAGGAGCUUCAGAACAGACUUCGACGGGUAAAUUUACGGUGGGAGAAGGCAAAUCUUUUACUGGAGAACUGGAAGAAGAAUUUACAAAAAGCUCUGAUUCACUGUCAGGAUUUUCAUGAACAGAAUCAGAAACUGCUGCUGUGGCUGGCUGCUGCAGAGACACGAAGGCAUCAAGCACAAGUUAAGGAUCCAAAUGCUGAUCCUCACAGAAUACAGGAAAGUCGAAAAGAGUUAAUGCAACUGGAAAAAGAGCUUCUGGAACGGCAGCUUCAAGUUAAUGCUCUACAGGAAAUUGCUGCAUAUUUGCUUGUUAAAUCUGAUGGAGAAGAAUAUAUUGAAGCUGAUGAGAAGGUCCAUGUUAUUGGGAAGAAGCUUAAACAGCUCCUUGAAGGAGUUUCAUGUGAUUUAAAGGUCUCACAGGGAAGCCAGGACAUAAGCACAUUUCUGUUGAAUGGAGAAGAAUUGAACUCUGGAACAUAUCAUCAAUUACCAGAGAAAUCUCCAGUUUGUAAAAAUAAGGUUGAUGGGAAGAAGAUCUUGCAGAGUAACAGCAGCAGCAGCAAUGUUAGGAUGGAGGACAGAGAAGAGACCAAUCCAGUUGCAUCCAAGAAGUAUGCUUUCUUGUACCGUGUCCUACGAGCAGCAUUACCUCUACAGUUGUUCUUCCUUCUUGUGUUGUUUUUGGCCUCCUUGAUCCCUGCCUCAGAAGAAGACUACAGCUGUACUCAAACCAACAACUUUGCCCGUUCUUUCUAUCCAAUGCUGCGAUACAUUAAUGGACCUCCACCAACUUAAAGACAUUCAAUUUUUUUUUCCAUUCAGUCAAAAUUAAUAUCUUCUGUGGGGUCUUCUUUUUAUGCUGCUAAAGUUUGUCCAGAAUUUCAGUUUCUUGGUGGCUUCAGCCAGGGCUUAACUGGCACUGAUGAGUAACACUGACAAUAUUAUAUGGAGAUUUCUACUGCACUCAACAGUAACCAAACUAACAGCCUUCAACUCAGCUUCCUUGAACAUGCUGUUACUUCUCAUCGCUAAGAUAUAGAUCUUUUAGCAAUUUCAGUACUUGGAUUGGGUGGGAAAGAGUUGUUAACUACUUAGAGCUUUAUACAGGAAAGCUGCUUCUAUAUAUUUUCGAACUAUAAGCAAUGUACUUUAUACUUUUGCACAGUGUGUGAUCAAUCAGUGACCUUCAUGCCAGAAAGAACCAUUGAACAAAGAAUUACAAGACUGUGUCUUGUUAGCAUUGAAAUAAUUUCUCUAAUCAAA